AUGAGCAGCAAUCCAAACCUCGCUGUCAAAUCAACAGAGUCAAGGGUAGGAAGAGAAAACCAGCGCUUUAAUCCUGAGAGCGGGGCCAGAAUGGUGGCAGGAUGUAUCUGUCUCAACGAAACCAGAGAUAAAGUAGUGAUGAUUCUGUCUAGCGUUCACAAAAACAAAUGGGUACUUCCUAAAGGUGGAAUUGAGUUGGAUGAAGGUGAAGAUUUUGUCAUUUCUGCUGUCAGAGAAACAUGGGAAGAGGCCGGAUGCGAGGGCCGGAUCUUGGAGAAAUUACCUGUGGUUUAUGAUCUGAGAGGUGCCAAAGCUCCAGUAUUGGAAGGCGAGGACCAGAAGAAAGAUUUUGAUCCAAAAAAAUUCAUUCCGAAGCUGGAGUUUCAUUUCUACACCAUGGAAGUGGUACAACUUAGUACAACAUGGCCUGAACUGGACGUUAGAAGUCGUAGAUGGUGCACCUAUUCUGAGGCUAAGCACGAGCUCAUGAAAAGCAAAAGACCGGAACUAGUGCAGGCACUCGAAUAUUCAUGUAUGGUCAAGGAUGUCGAAGCACCCGUGGAUGUCGAUGCGUACUAG